AUGCGGUGUUGUGUCGUUCUUUUCUACGCAAUUCUUGUGGGUGGCGCCCUGUUGUUUGCCGGUAUGAAAACGGCGUCAUGUGCGGCUUCGAGGGACGAGGACAUUGGGCAUUACAACGAUGCCUCGCCUCUCUCACUGCGGGAACUGCUGAAGAAGCUGCAGAUGAGUGGGAAGACGGCGGCGAGGGUGCCUUCCUUCAGAACCAUCCCCCUCCAACAGGCGGGGGCCAUUUGCGAACAAAUGCAGACGGAGGGUGACGGAAGCGCCCUGGUACUCUUGUAUGCACCGCAUUUGUUUCCACGGUACGAUUACGAGCAGCUGCUUGUGCUGCUGGCGGAUUUUGGUGACGCCGUCAACCAGCUGCUAAAGGAAUCGGCCACCAAAGCUCACCCAGAUGAAAAUGAGGAAGAAGAGGGGGAUGUGGCAGCUCUUUUAUCGGAGCACAGACUUCGGGUAUUCGUGGUGGACGCGUUCCGUGCAGGUGGUGAAAUACGGCGUCUUCGGGGCGGAAAUGACCGGGGCAGUGCGGCGCACAGAGUGCCAGGGUCGCUGCGGAGCCCAUUGGGCCCCGGUACCUACAGAGCGUCUUACUUGGAGAAUGAGACCGAUGCCGACAACGAUGAUUUCUUGGCGUCUGCUUCCGAAAUGCCAGAGGACGGCGACGUGGAGAAUAGAGGGGCUGGAGAUUUUGUGGCGCAUUCGCCCGAGGCGGAGCUUCUCCAAAAAUUCUUGGCGCCGAAAGGAUCCCCCCGCAACGCGCACCAUUUUCACCCCACCGUUUUGGAAAAAAUGCGCCAGAGUGAAGAGACAGCGGAACCCACGACUCGGCCACUGUUGAGUGAGCUCCCACCGAUCUUGUUUUACCCGGCUACAAAAACUCCAGUUUUUCUUCCGCACAUUUUUCUUCACUGUCGCAGUGACGCGCCGUGCUCGUCUGUACAUGCGAGCCUUAUCUCUUUGGAUGGACAGGAAGGCUGCGGCUGCAUUAAGGGCCCAGACGAGGCUCAGGAGCUUUUGGAGUUUGUCACAACGGAGCUGCAGCAGAUGAGUCUGGAAACUUUGAAGGAGCGUCGUCAGGUGGGCGCGGAGAGGGGCCGUCGUCGUUCAUGGAGGCGUCUUGAGAUCCCCGAUGAAAGUCACAGGGAGGCGCUUUUGGAUAUAUACGACGUUGAAAAUCUGGCCGACGACAAAGUAUUCAACGCCCCCAUUCACUACACGGACCUGAAGCAAAAAACCGAGCAAGAGAUUGAUUUUGAAUACGUGUUCCCUAUGGCCGCCAAGUUGCGAUUGUUGCACGAAACACGUGAGGCCGCCAUCUUGAAGGAGGCACGCCGGAGCGACGAAGUGCUGAAGCGUGUGAAGAAUGUUUUGCGUGAACGGCAAAUUAGCCGCGAGCGUGACACGGUGCCUGCCCACGGCGCUUCUUGGCAGAAGGCGUUCCAGCAGGCCAACGGUGGGAAUGAGGAUGGAGAGAAUCAUCUGCUGCUGAUGGAGUACAUACGAUACCAUGGCGAACACGCGACGCAGCAGCUCCACGAGCAUCCUACGAAUCUCCUCAUUGGUCACCUUGAGGAACGCAUGCAUCGUGUUGAACUCCUGCGGAGAAUGAUUCGUGUGGAGGAGGGGCGCGGGACAGAAAAGGAUGAGCGAAUGGUGCGAUUUCACGCCAUGGAGCAAGAGCACCAGCGGAGGCUUAAUGAGGUGAGUCGGUACCUGCGAAAUAUGCAGCAGUCCGAAGGAACGUGA